UGGGGGGAAAGGGAAGGAGCCCUGGGAGGAGGGAUGUGGGUUCAAGAGGAAGCUGGGCUGGGAGGGAGCUCGGGGAGCAAAGGGCUUUGUGGUUACCAGCAAAGUCGCGCAUUAGCCCCACUUCUGUGGAUGUGGACGAGGUCAGUCCAACACCUACCACUGGAGGAUACAAACCAGCCGGGCCCUGUCCUAUGACCCGUCCAGUCAGUGCAUAGGACACCAUGGCUUGCACCUAGAAGAGGGAGUGUUCUGCCCUUUUGCCAGCAGCCUCACAGCUGCUGUCCAGUGCAAAAGCAGAGAAGGUAGACACACAAAAAGACCAUUUUCCCCCUCAAUCGUCAAAGGAUCCCAGAUUGUCAAAGCCCAAAAUAUGUACAAAUUUCCAUUGAUAAGCCGUGGAAUAACAACUGAUUGGAGAGUCUUCACCCGUAAUAGUGCUUCUGCUUGCAGAGAAACUAGUGCAAGGAAGCCAGAGAUGUCUCAGACAGGGAAAAAAAGAAGCAGAGCGCUGGCAGAGCGGCCUGAUGCUAAAUUAGCCAAACACAAGCUACAGGAGGAGGAAGGAUCCUCUAUGCUUGCAGCUAACAAGAGGAGUUCAAAGCCCACGGGGAGCGGAACAGGAAAAGCAACGAAGAAGGCGGCCUGCCCUAGCAUGCAGGGAAGCAAGCAAGCGUACAGCCACUGGCUCAUGAAAUCAGAGCCAGAGAGCAGGUUUGAGAAGGGAGUGGAUGUGAAAUUCGGCAUUGAAGAGUUAAAGACUCAGCCCAAUCAGACAGCAUGCUGGGAUGGAGUCAGGAAUUACCAGGCUCGGAACUUCAUGAGAGACAUGAAAGUUGGGCAAGAAGCAUUUUUCUAUCACAGUAACUGCAAAGAGCCUGGGAUUGCUGGAAUUAUCAAGAUUGUGAAGGAGGCUUACCCAGACCACACUCAGUUUGACAAAAAGGACCCCCACUAUGAUUCCUCCAGCACCAAGGCGAACCCCAAAUGGUCAAUGGUGGAUGUCCAGUUUGUGCGGAUGACGAAACGCUUCAUCCCCCUGUCUGAGCUGAAGGCUCACCACCAGGCACACAGAGCUUCGGGAGGCCCGCUGAAGGACAUGACACUCUUCACCCGGCAGAGGCUCUCUGUCCAGCCCCUGACAGACGAGGAAUUUGAAUUUGUCUUGAGCCUUGAAGAGAAGCCAAGUUAGAGACAGCACCAAGAGCCCCCAUUAAGGCUGAGAAUGCCUCACCCUCCCGCCAGACCCUGACUCUCAAAUAUAUAUUCUCAAACCCAGCCACAUGGAAGAACCUGCCAACAGACCCAAGGGAGAUGUAUAUAUUCGUUUUUUUGCAGCACCGUACUUAUUUUUAAAUAAAGCUUUUUAAAAACCA